AUGGACCGCAAAGGCACCCGCGUCCCCGCGGACAUGGUUCAUCGCUGGUCCCGAACUCCGUUGUCCUGCCGACUAUGUCGCUCCAAGAAACUGCGCUGCGACCGCGCCCAGCCGUGUUCCAACUGCGUCCAGCGUAAGGUCGAAUGCGUCUACGCCGGUCGGGGCGAAUCCCCCUCCACAGAUAGACGCUCCAAUACGCCGACGACUGCGACAGCGGCGGCAGCGGCUAGUAAGAGAGAGCAGUCGGUGCCGGAGCCCGGCUCUGCCUCGAUCCAGCGCCUUGAAGAUAUUAUUCUGCAGCAAGCCAAUCAGAUGCCGCGUCCGUCGAGUGUAGAAAGAGGCUCUUCUUCGGGCCCCCAGGGCGCUGCCCUGGCGAGCCCGGCCCAUGGACAACAACCAGCUUGGAGUUCAGCUGUAGGGAGCAGUGUGUCGAGUCCAAUGGAUACGACGUCUAAGGCAUCCAGUCUAAUUGAAGAGAUAAGUUCUGGCAAUAUGCAGCAUGGGGUAAUGCCCUUUGGGUCAAGUAUGCCAAAUGAGAUUCAGCAGCUUGCGAGCCCCAGUCCCGCGCCACUGGAUGCCGCCGCGCUGGCGAGAUGUCUCCCACCGCUUGCGCAGGCAAUGGAGAUGUUCAACCACUUCGCCAGGUGCAUGCAUCCUACAUUCGGGGCUCUUCAUAUUCCAUCCACGAGGGCGCUGAUGCAGCAGAUCUACCAGAACUUGCUCGAUGGGGAUGAGCCCAAUAUCGCCGGCCUGGCGCUGGUGUAUGCCAUCUUUGCGGGCGCCGCUCUGGCCUGGACGACCGAGCUUCUCGAGGCGCUGCAUGCGACGCAGGAUGAAGCCAAAACGGCAUUUUCCACGUACAGCCAUCUGGCUCUGUGCAUCCUGGACGACCGGCAGCAAACCGUUCCCUCGUCGACGGUGACGCUGCAGGCGAUCACCACCCUCGGUUAUGUCCUAUCACACACCGACGGCUUCUCGCAGAAAGUUCAUACGCUCCGCAUCCGGCAGCUUCUCGUUGCACGAAGCAUGCAGAUUCAUCGCCUCGAUACGGCGAAGCGGCGGGAGGAACGACGACUCAACGGCUCGAACGUUAUUGAAACCGAAGUCCAGCGCCGAAUAUGGUGGCAUAUGGUAUCAUCUGAUUGGCUCCUCUCUCUUUCCGGCGGUCCUAAUGAAGGAGUUUAUCUGCUUCAACCACGACACAUGAAUGUCAAUUACCCGAGCAAUAUCGACGACGAAAUCAUCCCAGCUUCUGGAACACAGUACGGGUUUCCUCUCUCCAUCCCAACCUCUAUGUCCGCUUUUCUAUGUCGCAUCCGCCUGGCGGAGCUCUGCCGUGAAGUCGUCGAUACUAUGCCCUCCCUCCUCCUCGAGUCUCCCGAUGUCUCUUCUCAAGAGGUAGAUUACGAUCUCGUCCUCGACCUGGAUGCUCGUUUCCAGAACUUUCUUAAUGCCCUUCCGAUCUUUUUCAAACUCGAUCACCGCAGCAUUCAGCAGAGUCUUACCAUCUGUCGUGAACGGCCGUACGUUGCCUGGCAGCGCACGUAUCUGCAUCUCGGUAUCAACACCCGCAUCUGCCGUCUCCAUCGGCCGUUCCAUCUAGAAGGCUUUACGAAUCCAAAAUACGCUUAUUCGCGGAUGAUGUGUAUCCGAGCUGCAGAGACAGUACUUAGUUUGCGUCGCUCAAUGGAGGAUAUUGGUGGGCUGAUAAAUCUAAACCCCUCUCGUUUUUGGCUCAUUGUGCAGCAUGUAUUCCUUGCGGCUAUCACUCUCGCUACCGAUGUUUCCUUGAAACCGGACGCUCCAGAGGCAGUUCCACGGCGUGAGGAGGUCCUUGCCGCUUGUCGGAUGCUUGAGCGCUCACAACACGAGUCGGCGACGCUGAAGAAGGCAAUACAGAAAAACACGCACACCUUGCUAAUGAUUUUGCAGAACCAGAUGUCUCUGCCAAAAUUGAGCUCGCCCGCGGCAAACAGUGCCGUGGGUGGUGGCUCCGUCUUCCAGUCCUCUGCUGGGCUCAUGAUCACGAACAUGGGAACCAACCAGGUUUUCCCCCAAAGCUCUGGCGGUGCUCAAUUAUUGAACACGGUCCCUACUACAAUGCACGAACCAAUGCCAUUAAUGCCGAACUCAUCUGCACCCAUGACCGGGCAGUGGUCUGGCGGCGCUCAGGGCCAACAAUCGGACGAAGAUACCUGGGGGAAGCUGUGGUCUGACGUGUUCAAUGCCGGCCUGGACUUGGAUAUGCCGCAGUGGAGUUCUAUCUUAGAUGAUAUGGAGUUUACGGAGCUCGGUAGCGGAGCUUGA